CCUCCCCGCCCUUUUUGUGCUCGCCUAUGAAACCAGUUCACAUUUUCUCCCAGAAAUACCACUCCGCACAUAUUGCUACCAACUAGCUUACCCUUAUUCCCUCCACAUAUAUAAUCACACAAAAUAAUUAGCCAUGAGCCAUACAAACGAGUCUAGCCCUACUGCCCAGUCGCCCGCAUUCUUUGCGCCGCGUCCUUCUGGCUCCCCAGAUCAGUCUGCUGGUGCGCGCGAAAUGCCGCCGCACCGCUACCAGGGCCCGCCGCCCCCUCCUCCUGCCGACUACUACUACCACCAACACCAGCAGCAUGCCCGCAACAUGCCACCACACAUGGCGUACCCGCCGCACAUGCACUAUCCCUACCCGCCCGCAGCGCCGAUGGCUGUUGGUCCGGCUAGCCAGCCGGCGCCGGGGUUCGACGAUCGGGCUGGCACCCAGGAGCCCGCCAGUCAGUGGGGGUCGGCGAUGGCGGACAUCCGGUUCCGGGUGCCCAUCAUGAACGCUGAGGAGCGCGAGCGCAAGCGCCGUGUCGUCACAAACACAAUCAUCAACGAUCUCAAGGAGCUGAUUCCCUGGCUCCGCAACGAGGCUCGGCUGCAAAAGCUGGAGGUGCUUGAGCAGUGCGUGUGCUACAUCAAGGAGCUGCAGCUGGCAACGGCCGACGCACCCGUCAUGCACCCGGGCGACGCCAAGCGCAGGCGCAACGAGAGUAGCCGCGGGUCAGCUGACACCAGCAGCCCGCCUGCCCUGUCGCCGUCGCACUGCAUCACCGGCCGCUUCACAUGCUUCGAAUCCCCCAGUCGCCUGCGCUUUCAGCUGUUCUUGCUGCUGCCUCCGCGCUCGACGCCCUGCCAUUGUCUGCGCCCAGGGCCAGCCCCCAACGACCUGCCAGAUCUCACCGCUGACUCCGCCACUGCUUCCAAGGCCUCAUCGACAGCAUCUACCAUUACGCCGUUCAGCGGCCCUUUGCCAAAGGAAAUCGCCGACAGCAAGCUGAUGCAGAAGAUGGAGUUUGAGGAGCCACAUAUCAAAAACUCAAUCAACUUCAUCAUGUCGUGAAUAUCCGGGCCCCUGGGAACAUUUGCCUUCCUGUUGACCAUCCUGCGCGCGAUUUCUUUGCAGCAAAGCGCUGCUGUUUGUAAUUUUUCCAUUUUUCCACAUAUUGUGUUGUAUUCAAAGAACCCAUCACCACCACCUCAUUUGCAUCCAUCGCUGAGGAAUAUAUCCGCUGAGAGGAGAAUGGCAGAAGGGGAAUUAUUGUCGCUGAAGUUUGUGCGAGCCCGGGCCACCGCGUAGGCGACUGCGAAAAUGCAGGUCUGCCUUCAAGCCAUCCAGCACGCUCGGGAAAUCCCGCGCCCGUUUCGUCCACAUCCCCCACCUGGCACGGCGAUGGGCCUGUGUCUGCAAAAACAAACGUUGUGACUGCUAUCCGGUUGACGUGCG